AUGCAGUGUAACGACAGUGUUUUCACGGUCGCCAUGAAUGCUCUAUCGAACGGCGAUGGCAGUACCACUUCCGAGAAGAACUGUCAAGAUCCACUGGCCCCCUUGGCAUGGCCCGACGAUCCGCUGUGGAUGGAUCAACACAAGCGUAUGGUACAACUGGCGUCCAACGUACCACCAGAUGUUGUCUUUGUGGGAGAUUCCAUCACGGAGCGACUGAAUGGAACCCGGCACAUGGGGACCGUCCGGUUGCCGGAUAAUCAAUUAGUCUUUGAGGAGCACUUUCCGAGCGGGUUGGCUCUAGGUUGUUCGGGGGAUACGUCCACCAAUCUUCUCUGGCACUUGCAAAAUGGCAUGUUGCCGGAUUCGUUGCAGCCACAAGUCUGGAUGAUUUUGAUUGGUACCAAUGAUCUGGGACGACUGAAUUGCAGCGCCAAUGCCACUCUGCAGGGCAUUCUGAAUGUAUUCAAUUACUUGAAAUCCAAGAGGCUUUCGGCGAAAUUUAUUCUUCACGGAUUACUGCCCAGAAGUGAUAUUUCCAUGAAGGAAAACAUGGCUGACAACGAUUACAAGACGGGCGAGUAUUGGAAACAGAUACAAUGGAUCAAUCAACGUUUGCGAGAGGAAUGCCAUCAAGAUCCAGAGCAGCAAUGUCGGUACAUGGAGGCUUCCGGUGUUUUCUUGGACCCUGAUUCUCCCGACAAGGUCAGCGCAAAGACCAUGACCGAUGGGCUCCAUCCUUCCAGAGAUGGAUUGGCAUCAUGGUGUCCUCUGAUUGCCAAAACAAUAAACGAUGUGUUGGGGAAGGAGCACGAAAUGACUGCUCAAUUAUGA